GUAGCAACGAUGGAGAGCGAAGGACGGUAUGACUGCAUGGUGACCAACGCUGCAGGCUCGGCACACAAAACCGUCGUCGUUCUCAUUAGUAAACCUCCCGAGAUUUCCCCGCCCGGAGACGAAACCCUGGCGGUGUCAGCAGGUCAAGAUCUCAAGCUGCCGUGCGAGGUCAAGGGUCAUCCCGAACCCGAAGUGUCCUGGAGGCGAAAUGGGCUGGUGCUGGCUGAGGAUGAGAGGCUGGUCCCUGCCCCUGGUUACCUGUUGAUGAGUGCCGUCACCCCUGACCUCGCCGGGAACUACACCUGCAGUGCCAUCAACCAGGCCGGAAAUGCGCACAAAACCUUCGUCAUAACAGUUAAUUAUCCCCCUCAAGUGGAGACAGUGGAGGAGACGUGGCCCGAGAGAAGCGUGGUGGAAGGGGGGCGCCUGUCCCUGCCGUGUCCUGCGCUGGCCAAUCCUACUCCGACACGCGACUGGACGAAGGAUGGCGUUCGACUCCUGCCUGAAGAAGGACUGGAGAUUUUGGAAAGUGGAACCGUCGAAGUCUCACGUGCAGAACCCAAGCACUCGGGUAGUUACCGAUGCACGCUCACCAACUUUCUCGGGCAGGCUCACAUUGACUACGACGUGAAGGUCCUCAUCCCGCCCAGGGUGACCCAGCGGCACCGGCCAAGCGCCCCUAUUGUCGUGGAGGGAGAAGAUGUCGUCAUCAACUGCCCGGUAGACGCAGUGCCCAUUCCGACGAUCACGUGGUUGAAGGACGGCGUGUCCAUCUUCUCGACGAAGGACCGCGCCGACAUGACCCACAUCGUCGUCGAGAACAAUGGCCAGACACUCUACAUCCUCGAGGCGACUGUGGACGAUAAAGGAGUGUACCGCUGCGUGGCCAAGAACGACGCCGGGGUCACGGAGCUGCUGUUCCCGCUGGAGGUCCUCGUGGCGCCGCAGUUCACCGAGUUCUUCCACAACCCCGACGUGACCUUGCAUGCCGGGGAAGAGCUUGACCUCGAUUGCGACGUCAGCGGUGACCCCGAGCCGCAGGUAUCAUGGAAACGCGACGGCGAGCCCCUGUACGCCCACGUGUCGCCAGGGGGUCGCCGAGUGCACGUGCAGCACGCCAAGAUCGGGCAUGCUGGCCACUACACGUGCACGGCCGUCAACACCGCUGGCACCACGCACAGGAACUUCAGUGUCACCGUCCUCAAGCCGCCCACGAUGGAGGAAGGGGGCGCGGGCGAGCUGACGGGCGUGGAAACCGUGGAGGGGAGGGACGCCAAGCUGUGGUGUCGGGCGGACGGCUCACCCGCGCCCGAGAUCGCCUGGACGAAGGACCGCCAGUUCAUCGCGCCCUUGCAGGAGGGGAAAUACUCCACGCAGGAGGAAGGACAGAUGCUCACCAUACACAAGGUCACGCCAGAAUCCUCGGGUCUGUACGAGUGCACCGCCACCAACUUCGUGGGCACCGCCACACGCACCUUCAACCUCUCCGUCAUGACGCCGCCCACGAUCCACGACGCGGGCGGAGGCGACGUGGUGACGGACGUGCAGGUGGUGUCGGGUCGGGAGGCCAUCCUGCACUGCGACGUCGAGGGCUCCCCGCCGCCCACCAUCACCUGGCUCCGGGAUGGGCGGACCCUCAAGCCGGGGCCCCGCGUCCACUUCACGGGCCCCUACGAACUCCUCCUGACGAGCGUGCAGGCGGGGGACGCCGGGGACUACGCCUGCCUGGCCACCAACCGCGCGGGGACGGCGGAGAAGCAGUUCGACGUCAGGGUCAUUGUUCCGGCCACGAUAGCGGAAGAUGAGGAUGGGUCUCCGCCGAUGCAGGAGGUCCUGGUCGACAUGCCCUUCUCCCUCUUCUGUCCUGUAGAAGGCACGCCGCAGCCACGCAUCACUUGGACGAAGAACGCCGCUCCGCUGGAUGGUCUGCUCGGCUUCCAUGGCCUGGGCGGGCGGGUGGCGCUGGGGGACGGCGGGCGACGUCUGUUGGUGUCAGAGGCCGUCAUGCAGGACACCGGGACCUACAUGUGCGCGGCCGAGAACGAAGGCGGGCGCGACACGGCCACAUACCAAGUCAAUGUGCUAGCACCACCAGUGAUUAUACAAGACAAGGACACCUUCCGGUCCGCUGUGGAGGGCGACGACGUGGUCCUCGACUGCGAAGUGGACGGCGACCCUCCGCCCGCCAUCGUGUGGCUGCAGGACGGCGUGUCACUGCAGGAACUGUUCUUGCCGGCCAUCACUGUCCACGACGUAGGGCGUGGGAAGUCUGAGCUGAGAAUCAAGAGCGUGAGCGAAUUCCACGCCGGCUCGUACACCUGUAUAGCGAGCAGCGUGGCGGGGUCGGACGAGCAGACGUACGUGUUGAGGGUCGUGACCCCGCCCCGCCUGGAGGACCCCAGCGCCCCCACGUUCGUCAGCGUCCGUGCGAGUAGGCCGGCGACCCUCUCGUGUCUCAUCCACGCAUCGCCUGAUCCGCAGAUCUUCUGGUUCAAGAAUAACAUGCCGCUGGACGAGGACGACCCCAACCUUCACUUGGGCGCUGGAGGACGAGAUCUGAAACUCCUUCAGGUGACGGAGGUCGACGCCGCGAACUACUCGUGCCUGGCCAUGAACGAGGCGGGUUCGCUCUCCCUCAACUUUACGCUCGAAGUCCAUGUCCCGCCACGCUUCACGGAGUCUGUGGUGGGAGACGUGAACGCCGUCGCAGGUGAGGACGUCGAGCUCUUCUGCCCCGUCCACGCCACGCCCUCGCCCUCAGUGCUGUGGAUGAGGGACUCGGGCAUCAUCCAGCACUCCUUUACUGCCACGGACCCUCGGCGCCUGGCCCUCCAGAACGUGACCAAGGAGGACGACGGCCGAUACACCUGCCUGGCGACCAACGAAGCGGGGACCAUCGAGCAGGACUUCACGCUGAGGGUCAUGGUGGCACCUAAACUACUGGAUCUGGACCAACCUGUCGUGGAGAAAUCUGUGGUUCUCAAUCGCCCAGUGACCAUUACGUGCUUCAUCGUCGCCGACCCCCCGCCCACCAUCACGUGGCUGAAGGACGACCACGCUCUAUCCGCCCUGCAUUCGGGCGUGAGCGUAGACAACCACGGGCGGCAGGUGAGCAUAACGAGGGCGCGCGGAGCCGACGCCGGGAACUACACCUGCCUCGCCACCAACGCUGCCGGGACGACCACCCUGACCACGCUCCUCACCGUUCUCACGCCUCCGACAUGGGCCACGGGUUCGGAACUGGAGGAGAAGGUGAUCGGCGUGGCUGGCGAGAGCCUCGAUCUCUUCUGUGACGUCACUGGCACGCCCACGCCCACCAUCCUGUGGCUCAAGGACGGCCAGAUCAUCACGCCCUUGUUGGGUAGCAGGAACUUCACGGCGUCGGAUAGGCUACUGCACUUCAAUUCCCUCGCCCAAGACGACUCCGGGUUGUACAGCUGCAUCACGAGCAACGCAGCGGGAACAGCGGAGUAUGUGUUCGAUGUGGAUGUUCUCGCGCCGCCGUCGCUCUCCUACCAGCCCAAGACGCAGCAUACGGUGCUAGUGAACCGCGCCCUGAGCCUGGACUGCCCCGUGGAAGGGAACCCCGAACCGGAAGUAAAAUGGUUCAUGGACGACCAGCCCGUGAACCCCAAGGGACAGUUCGUGAGGCUCACCAGUCAGGCUCGGCAACUCCAUCUGCUCAGGGUCCUGAGUUCCAGUGAAGGCAGGGUGACAUGUCUGGCCACGAACGCAGUAGGGUCACUCAUCACUAACUACACCCUGGAUGUGCUUAGUCCUCCCGUGAUCACGCCCACGCCGCCCACGAAGAAAGUGCGGGCGCGAGAGGGCGAUUCGGUGACUCUUACCUGUAGGAUCCGAGGCCACCCACGCCCCCUGGUAGCGUGGGUGGGCGGCCAGGGGAUGGUCCUGACGGAGGAAGAGAUGGCAAGGAGAGGCUUCGACCUGCAGGAGGAUGGAGAGUCCCUCGUGCUGAAGAAGGUGGACGGGACUCACGAAGGGCGUUACACCUGCAUCGCCUCCAACACGGCUGGGUCUGCCAAGGAAACCUUCAGCGUGCAGGUCUUGUUGACCCCUGUGAUUCAAGCCCCGGAGCAAGGGACAGCGUUAGGUGUCGUGCAAGGUUCCUCCGUCACACUCUCCUGUAUCGUGGACGCCAGACCCCCUGCCACGCUCUCAUGGCAAAAGAACGGACAGGCCCUUGACAGCAGCCGAGACCCCUUCCUCCACGUGACAGCAGGUGGCGAGUCCCUGAGCUUCCUGAGGGUGCAGCCACAACACGCCGCUAACUACACCUGCGUCGCCUCUAGUGCUGCGGGACAGGACUCUCUCACUUAUGACCUCAAUGUGAAUGUCCCGCCCGUGAUUAUUGAGGACAUGGUAGAGAACGUGCUUGGGGGCGGCGUGGGCGGAGACACCAUGGGCAUCGUGGGCGGGGAGGUGGACCUGGAAUGCUACACCAUAGGCACGCCCACGCCCACACUCACCUGGGAGAAGGAUGAUGGAGGAAUCGAGCUGAGUGACCGCAUAACGCUACUCGAGGACGGCCAAGUGCUGAGGCUUAAGUCGGCGGUGACUGAGGACUCCGGACGGUACACCUGCACGGCCACGUCGCCUUCGGGAUCAGCCUCGAGGGACUUCGUCGUUGUUAUACAUAGUCCCCCCCGCAUCAUCCCCCCGCGAGAGACGAACCUCGAGGUCGUCCUUCACCAACCUCUCGCCCUGACGUGUGAGGCGGAGAGCUCGCUUACUCCCGCCGUGUCCUGGUCUCGUCACGGUCGACCAGUCACGCCCUACGCGGAUCCGAAUCUCCAGGUGAGGGCCGGUGGUCGCGAGCUACACCUGCGUCGUGUCCGCGAAGGUGACGGUGGGGCGUUCACCUGCAUCGUGAUGAACAGUGCGGGGCAGGAUACACUCACCUACACACUCACUGUACAGGUCCCGCCCGUGAUCCAGCGCGCCAACGUGAGACGCCAGGUGGUGGGCGUGGCGGGCCAGUCGACGGACCUGCUUUGCGAGGCGUCGGGCAACCCCCCGCCCACGCUGGCCUGGACGCGAGGCAACACACUCAUCACCCCGGAACACCCUCAUUACCAGGUCAUGAACGGGGGCGCCAAACUUCAGGUCCGGGAGCUGACACGGGAGGACACGGGCGUGAUAACGUGUACCGCUACGAAUCCGGCUGGGAAGGACACCCUAAGUUACACGCUUCAGGUUUAUGUUCCCCCGAGUGUCGACGAAGACGCAGCCAAGGAGAUGACAGUCAAGGAGGGAAACAGCGUUGUCCUAGAGUGUCCUGUCACAGCCUUCCCUGCCCCUUCCAUCCUGUGGUCCGUGGGCGGCACCGUCGUAGGCCACGGUGGGCGGCGGAACGUGGAUCUGGGCUCGGAUGGGCGUUCCCUGAGGAUCGUGAGGGCGGGGAGCGAAAACGCGGGCGUCUACACCUGCACUGCGUCCAACACUGCGGGCGUGCUCGAUGUGGAGGUUGCUCUUCGGGUCUUGGCUGUCGGACGGCGAGGAGGAGCUGGUGACCGUGAUGGAGGGGGGGCACGUGGCCCUCCAGUGCAUCCUGCUGAAGGGCACGCCGACGCCCACGAGGCACUGGGUCGUCGGGCCGGAGCACGCCGAGCCCGCCACACGGUGGUCGGUAACGGAGAACAGCUGGUCAUCACACGUGCAGAGGAAGAGGACUCGGGUCAAUACAGGUGUAUAGCAGAGAACCCAGCUGGUUCGGCGACCAAGGUGUACCAGCUGGUUGUUCAGGCGGCGCCGAGGAUCAACGUGACUGCCCUGCCGCCUUACGUCAUCGUGCUCUCUCCUGGUGACACAGGGUCGGAAAUACUGCCAGCUGACGGCCGCCCCCGCCACAGCCACGUCAGCGCUUCUGCCACUUCGUCGGAGGCCCAGACGCUCGUCCUCACCUGUCCUGUUACAGGUAACCCUCCCCCUCGACGCCUGUGGUACCAGGGAUCGCAGGCUCUCGUGUCCUCCUCGAGAGUCCUCGUAGGAACCGGCGGGCGCGACCUGACCCUGGUGGGCGUAGGACCCAGGGACGCGGGGACGUACGUGUGCGUGGCCGUGAAUCCUGCAGGAGAGGCUCAGCUGAGCACCGCUGUCGUGGUCGUCGAAAGUAUGACGAUCAUCUUUCGAAUGUAA